UGUGUCAGAGAGGAACACAGGAGGAACUCAGGAGGAACUCAGGAGAGGAGAGUGAAGGGUUUACUGUGGUCUAAGGGAAGAAACAUAUAACUCAUGUUAUGCUCUUUAUUGAUGAUGAUGAUGAUGAUGAUGAUGGACACAUUCAGGAGAAGGAAGUGCACUAACCUGCAGGAGUGAUCAUUAUUAUAUUAUUAUUAUUUGAUCUCUGCUGUCGCUUCACACACAUGAGAAGGAAACACACAUCAUGACCAACACUGCUGGAGGUGAAGCGGUUCCAGCACGAUGUGAGGACGUCCUGGAGCGCUACGUGACUUUCUGCAGCCGUGUGUGGAGCGAAGGUGGCGUGAAGGUGUGUGAGGAAGCACAGCUGGUGGAAGCGGCCAAGCAGCUGCUGAUAACUCAGAGUCAAGAAGCUCCCACCUUCACACUCCUGCCAUUUUACCCCACUGUCAUCGACAUCAUCAGCACCGACCCCAACAGCAGCAGCACCGUGCUCCGGCGCCUCAGCAGAGCCUUCGAGGUUCUCGAGCUGUUAUGCAUCAACCUGUUCAUCUUUCCCUGGAGAAAAGAGUUUAAAACGCUGAAGAAAUUUACUGGUCAUUUUGUUUACGACAUCAAAUCGGUUCUGCCGCCGCAGACGACUCAGAUCGUUCUCCACCACAUCGGCUACGACUCUGAAACCGACACAGAGUACAGGCUCUCCGACAGCGCCGACCCAAACCACGCUAAAGCAAUGGGCAUAGAGCUGUUUCUGGCCCGAGUCGAAUGCGAACGUCUGACUCAGAUGACAAGCCAGACAUCUCAUGCAGAAUGUCUGAGGAUCAUCCGGAGCCGAGGUUCUGCUGCAACGCUUCAGGAGGAACCGGAGCUCGAUAACGCUACGAACGGAGUUCUGAAGAACGACGGAGAAAACAGAGACGACUUCUUGUUACAUCCAGAACCGAGUCUGAAACCAUUAGACCAGGAAAUAAACGAGUGUGAAAACUUGGAGCAUGGAACGUUCCUGAGUGAAGAUAAGUCCAUCCUGGAGAUGCAGAAGGAUUACCCAGACCUCACCUUCAGACAGAGGCCCAUCUUCAAAAGGUCUUCUGCCAAAAUAAAUCGCUCUGGAGGAAGAGACCUGAAGCUUGAGCAUGAAAUGUGCAAAUGUGAAACUGAAGCUCCAGAACCUGCUCUGGAACCUCAAUCCUCUGAAGAACAGCAGUUGCAUGUAGGAGAUGCGUCACAAACUCCUGGGUUCAAAAACGUCGACGUCACGUCUGUGACGGACCUGGCCGAGAUGAUGGACAAGCUGAAACUAAAAGAGUUCCCCAGCGAGGAGCCUCUGAAGUGUCCGGUGGAGGAGACGUCGCAGUGCGAGAAGAAGGAGAUGAUCCCCAUCAUCUGCAGCCCCUCACAGGAGUCCAUCUGCUCCAUCGCAGGCUGCGGCAGCUGCUCCACCUCGGAUCGACUUCAGCAGCACCGCAGCAUCACGGAGCCUCCGCAGUCCUUCUAUAUCCCCAACCGUGUGAGUGGGUCUGCUGCGGCGCCCCCUGCAGAUCACGAGCAGAACAUCCACCCCAGCAGCAAGGCAAGAGAUGAGCCUGGCUUCCAUCAUGCUCUGGAGAGCCUGUGACAUCACUAAAUAAACUCAAUCACAGACCAAUCACAUUCAACAUGCAAAUGAGCAAAAACUCAGAAAUUUGUUUAGCUGCUGAUAACUAGAUCUGACUAGUUUACUCAGGGUUAACUAAACAGCUAGUUACAUGACGUUAUGUAAUGACAUUUGGCAGUAGACCAGAGUCAGUGGGAUGAAUGGGGGUGGGGCUCAUUUGCAUAUUAAUGAACACCCCAAGGUCCUGGUGUGGGUCAGUGUUCAGAGACGUUACAUAAACGCUUUUAUUCAUUUAUUUGGAACGAUUAAGCAAAAAAAUUAAAGUUAUCUUUUUGACAGCGUGUAAACUUCAUAUUCUCCUGAAGAACACAAAUCUGUGCUGAAAAAAUCAUAACGCAGUAAAGACACCUGUUACUUUGUUAUAGUAAUAAUGUGUGUGUUAAAUACACUCCAGUAAAUAUGUGGGGAAAUAUUUUAGAUCCAGUUUGUACAGUAUAAUGACGUUAAGCUCUUAGUGCCGAGUUCGGAGAUUAACUCUGAGUCUGUCGGAGGUGUGAAGGUGUUUGUUCAGGUUUCCAGUUAGAGCUUCUGAUGUCCUUCACCUGAGAAGAACAAACAGGUCACAGAGUUUCAUAAACUACAUUUAUUUUGAGUUAUUUUGAUAGUAUUUAAGACUGAUGAAGCAGUUUAUCUCCAUUUAUUCCUCUACACAUGGAGAUGAUGUCAGAAUGCUCCUGGAUUAAACCCUGAACAUCUCCACACCACAAUGCAGAAUGACACGAACUCCUUCUGACAGUAAAGCUUUUACAUCGAGGUCUGCGGCUCGGGCCGAGCUCCUGGACUCUGACUGGACUUUAAAUUCUCGUCUCAGUUAUUCCACUAAAAUAGAGCAAUAAUCUCAGCUACUGUAAUUCUUCAUGAGUGAGCUAAAUAUUAACACUGUACAUUAACACCAGCCUCUUUACAAGGGAACUUAUUUAGAGCCUUCAAUACAAGAGGAAUGAAAACUUAUGCAAACGUCUACAUUUUGAUCUGUAAAGAAUUUGAACUAUUUAGAUUUUUCCCUCAUUUUAAUGUCAUGAUCUUAAAUAAUCAGUUUAAUGACAAAAAAUCACAAUGAACUGUGACAGGUGGAGUGUGUGUGUGUGUACAUGUGUGUGUGUGUGUGUGUGGUCAUGUUUCUGUGCCUUACUGAAGCACUUUGCACUUGUAUGUUGUCUAAUGUGUGAGAUUUUGUGUGAAAGUGUUUGUGUGCCAAAUAAUCAGUUCCAGAAUGUAUUAUUAUUAUUAUUAUUAUUAUUAUUAUUAUUGUUAGUUUUCAUACAUUUAUAAAUUUCUGUCAUUAUAAAAUCAAUAAAAAAGGCUUCAGCUGUU